UUCCAGUCAUUUCAGAUGAUCAUAUUCCAUCACAAUCAUCAAAGUAUUCAAAUAACAAAAGUUAACAACAUCAACAAGCCAGAAGACGCUAUAGCCAUGGCCAACUCCCAGCCUAGCUACGAAGAGUUUACUCCUAUUUCAGACUUCAUUUCUGAAAAAGAAUGUGAUAGUCUGCUCAUUUAUCUCCCUGGUUUCACAAAGGAUCAAUUAAAGGUUCAGUUAACUACAUCGGGCAUCUUAAGGGUAACUGGAGAACGUCCGAUUGGUGACAACAAACGGAAGCGAUUUCGCAUGGAAUUUCCGGUAUCAUCGAACAUUAAUACCAAAGAAAUGACUGCCAAGUUUGAGGGAGGUAAACUUUACAUAAGGCAACCAAAGUUGAUCACACCAGCUGCAACUGAACAACAGCAAGAAGAAAAACCAGCUAUGGAAGCUCCUAAGCCUCAGCAGCAAGAACUACAGCCAGCGUCACAGCCUCAACAAGACGUCCAUUCAGAGGAAAAGAAUGACAAGGAAGAAGAGAAGGAAAAUGAUGAAGAAAAGAAGAAAUCUAAGUUAGAAGAGAUCAAUAGACAAAUAAAGGGUAAAAGCGAGCUUUUUAAGGAGCUCAGGAAACCAGAAAAACUGAAAAAGCUGGCAGUCUAUUGUAUUUUGUUGCUGAUACUUGGCUUCAACAUCAUCAAGAUGCUCAAAUCAUUCAGCAAAGCUAAGCAGCAAAGUGUAUUGGAAUAUGAUCACCAAGAGUUAUAAUUUCCGCAAGCGUUAAGCACAGAGAAUGAAAUGCAGCAACAGUAAAAUUCAUACAGAUGGACAUAAGAAGUAAACAUCCAUGUAACACCAUAAUCUGAUAACUAGCUUUGAUCUGUCAUGAAAAUUCAAAGCCAUUUCUUACCCAACAGGGCAAUUUCAAGCAAUAAGUCUUUGUUAUGACGUGUGUUUAUCUUGAUAAUGAAAAUUUCUUUCCUUCUUAAAAGUUCUAAUAUAUAUAUUGGAUCGAAAAUAUUGUUCACACAACCUAGUCCUUCAUUU